AUAUUGUGUCUGUUCUCUUUCUAAAUGAUUUACUGAUUUUUGUAUUCUCCAUACCUACCUGAAUACAUGAUGUGUCUGCAGAAGUGAAAAUCUGAUGUUUUCCCCCUUUGUUAUUUCCUUGUCUACACAUGGAAUUCAGGCUAAUUUACAAGAAGAAAUCAAACUGCUAAAAGCUAGAUGUUUGAUGUUGGAGUCCACAAAUCCCUCUCGUACACAUGAUAGUGAAAAUGUGGUAGAGUCAGACGAAAUAGUCUGUGAUGAGUCAAUCAUCCUAGCUGGAGGAUUUGAUGGUAAUAACUGGCUAUCGGCCUUGGACUUGUACUCACCAUUGACUGAUAAUUUAAAGCCACUUAGGCCAAUGAGUUCAUUUCGGUCGUAUUUUGCAAUUGCAAAUCUGAGUAGAGAAGUCUAUGUAUUUGGUGGAAAAUUUGGGAAGUUCUGGGACAAAACAGUUGAAUCAUAUAACCCAGCCAAUGAUAUGUGGACUGUGCAUUCUAAUUUGAAAAAGAGAAACAGUAACUUAUCUGGAGCUACUCUGAAGGACAAGAUAUUUGCAAUGGGUGGUGGAAAUGGGACUGAAUACUUUGCAGAAGUUGAAAUGUAUGAUCCUCAAGUAGGUCAAUGGAUUCCUUCACGAUCCAUGUGGCAGAAGCGACUUUCUCUUGCAGCAACAGAACUCAAUGGUGCAUUAUAUGCUGUUGGUGGAUUUGAUGGAGACAAAUAUUUGGCGACUGCUGAAAGGUUUGACCCCAGAGAACAUGCUUGGACAAAAAUUGAGAGUAUGAGCACAAAAAGAGCAUAUCAUGCGUUGGUUCCUUUGGGGGGGAAGUUAUAUGCACUUGGUGGCUCUGAUGGGUCUCAAAUGAUGCCAAGCGUUGAGAUAUAUGAUCCCCGUCGGGGAACAUGGAUGAUUGGGGAACCAAUGAACUACUCAAGGGGUUAUGUAACUGCUUCUGCUCUAAAGGAGUCCAUUUAUGUCAUUGGAGGGGCUCAAUCUGAUAAUGAAGUACUAGACACGAUUGAACGUUACAAGGAAGGCACAGGUUGGGAAAUAACCAACUUGAGCGGAGUCGGGAAAAGGUGCUUGUCCUCUGCUAUAGUUUUGGAGGAAGAUUGAAAUCUGCAUUCUUAAGUACUCAAGCUCUCUAUUCUUAUGGGCAUCCUUUGUUCAAUAUCUGUUGUUUUUCCAUAAUGAAUAGACUUAAUGCUUGAAAGCAUCUUAAACAUUCCGUGACUUUUUCCUCCGUAUAAGAAAACAGAAAAUGGUCAAGCUUUUUAUAACCAAUGUAUGGUUAUA